AUGUCUACACACUCUGCAGUUGCGACAGUAGCCAAGAAAGCACGUCUUGGCAUAAUCCAAGUUCCUACUGCUACUCCAGUAGAGCAGCAAGUCCGUGUCCGUGUCGAGUGGACAGCUUCUACGCCCUUGGACCUUCAUCAGAACGAUGGCGCUUUGCUCGUGAAGCAUCCCCAAGUUCUUGGUGACAGUGUAGCUGGUACAGUAGUCGAAUUGGGGCCAGAUGCUAAGAGACUACAAGUUGGGGAUAAGGUCUUCGGCUUCACCUGGAGGACUCAAGUAGAAAAGGCUCAUCAAGAAUUCUGCACAACAGACGAAUGGCUCUUGGCGAAGUUACCAGACGGUUUCACUCUGGCCGAAGCUGUAACGUUACCCAACAACUUCGUGACAGUAUUCCAUUCCUUCACAGCCGAUCUGGCUCUCGAAAUGCCCUGGCCAAAGAACGAGUCUUAUGUGCCAGGUAAUGUUGAUGUACCGAUAUUAAUCUGGGGUGGCUCCUCGUCCGUCGGCCAGUUCGCCAUCCAGAUUUUGCACUACUACGGCUAUAGGAACAUCCUGACAACGGCGUCUCGAAAGCACCACGAGAAACUACGCAACCUUGGUGCAACCCAAGUAUUCGAUUACAAUAGUGCAGAUGUUGUUGCAUGCAUUUCAAACGCUGGUGGUGACGAGGGCAUUCCUUUGAUUUAUGACUGCAUCGGCAGCCAGAGCGGUAGCAUCGCACCAAUCGCCAAGAUCGCGAAACCUAGAUCGAAGGUUGCAAUACUGCUACCGGUGAUAUUGCGCGAUUCAACCGAGACGCAGGAUCCAGAAUAUGAGAUGGAUGUGGGCAAAGUGGCAGAGUGGAGCGAUGGUGUCGACGUCAGGGGCGUGCGAACGCACUUCUACCUAAACCCCGACAUCAUGCCCGCUAUGUUGAAGGCCGGUGUCGUGACACCACAGAAGCAAAGGAUGAUAGAUGGUGCGACACUGCUGGAGAGAGCACAAAAUGCGAUGGACAUGCUGAGACGUAAAGACGUGAGUAUGGAACGCCUUGUGUGGCGCGUCAGUGAGACGUAAUCACAGGCGUGAUAUCGACACUGGCCGCAUAUGUCGUGAUCCUGCAGGUCAAAAUUAGAGGUGUAGAAGUGGAGAAGGUAAAAAAGACUCGGGACGCUGAGCACUUGCGCGUGCCCCACCGAAGCGAUGCGCUGAGGCGCUUAGCACACUGCAGGCAUGAACACCAGCCAUGACCGUCCGUAACUGUAGCGAACCAAUCCUCUGUUCAUUGAACAUCAUGACAUUUGAAACUAUAACACGACGAGCCGCCUACCGGCUAUAGUACCUUGAACAGUAGCAGGCCGCAUUGUCACGAGCUUUUUGACUGCAUCUAUCCCACACCCAUCACUCUUCCUUGAUCACACCUCUUGGCCUCGCCUUGAUCACCAUACUCAGGUCGCAUACAGGCAGGUCCGGCACCGGCAACUCCAUGAUCGCAAUAAUCAGAGCCAGCAAGAAGUAGAAGCCUAGUACGCUAGCCGCA